AUGGAAGCCAUGGAGUACGGAGAGGCAGUGAGCGCAGGGGCUGGUUGGGGCCUAGGCAGUUCAGCCCCUGCAGCCCUCACUGACAACCCACAGGCCAUGCUCACCGUGGUGGUGGAAGUGGAGCAGGGGAGAGAGUCUGGCCCUGAAGAGACCUGUCACCCCACAGUCCUUCUGGAGGGGCCCAACAGCAUCCGCCUGCUUCAGCCCGGGACUCUGAAGACACAGGAGGCAGAGGAGGAGCUGCUAGCACGAGUCCAGCGCACACUGGGCUCUGUUGGUCAAGGAUACAAUGUGGCCCUGCUGCUUUGGGGCUGGGAAACAGAGGCACCCCGGCUUGUGCCUCAGCUGCUGCAGAUGCUGUUUGAGGAAGCUCUGCCUCUUGGGAGCUCUGACCCUGUGCUUAGUACUCUUAACCUGGUGCAGCUCAGCCUUAGCGGGAGGACUCAGGACCUGCCCUCUCCAGGGACAGAGAACCUGUCGGUGCUGGAUGUGGCCCCUCUGGGCUUGGUGGUGGAAGAUGCCCAUGAGGUGGAGGUGUCUGACUCAAGAGCUGCCUCAGAACUGUAUUUGCGGGCCACAGUGGGUGAAGGCAGAGACUGCCCCCUGCUGCAGGUGUUGGCUGGUAAGGUUGUUGAAGAGGAGGUGGCGGGCUCUCUGCCCUGGAUUGUCUCAUGACUCCUGGAAGGAAGCAACUACACCAGCAUUCUUCUUCGCUUGGACCCUCAAGGUAGCUCCCUAAGCUUGUUCUGGGCUGCUCUCUUGGGGGCUGCAAGAAGGAGGAUGCAGGUAAAACAGGUGAAGCCCACCCUGUGGGAUGCAGCAGAAGAGGCCCAAGCCCGCCGGGCUGGCCUGAAGAGCCUGCGUUCUGGCCUCCUUGGGGACCCCCUGAUAGAUGGUGGGCUCAGCCAGCGGGGCAGGGCCCCGUGGGAGUUGCAGGUGGUAAAAGCCUGGAGCCGGCACCCAGGAAGCCGCAUGCUCACAGGGGUUAAAGCUGAGGCUGUGGUGCUCCCAGAACCACAGCCCCGGGCCUUGGAAUUAAGCCUGUAA